AUGGGUCCAGAUGACGCCUGUCCAAUUGGGCAGCCGUGGAGUUUGUUACCACUUAAAAAUAGUGUCCCAGGUGCAACAGCUCUCUGCGCAAGUGGAUUCCGGAAGUUGCUUUUUGAGGUAGUGUGCGGGAUAGUGUGGUCUUUGGGAGCUUCCACCGUGGCGUACCGGGGCCAGGGCCAGGAGGUGCAGAAGGUAAUGGUGCAGCCAAUCAAUCUCAUCUUCAGAUACUUGCAAAAUAGAUCUCGGAUUCAGGUGUGGCUUUAUGAGCAAGUGAAUAUGCGGAUAGAGGGCUGUAUCAUUGGUUUUGAUGAGUAUAUGAACCUCGUAUUAGAUGAUGCAGAAGAGAUUCAUUCUACAACAAAGUCAAGAAAACAACUGGGUCGGAUCAUGCUAAAAGGAGAUAACAUUACUCUGCUCCAAAGUGUCUCCAACUAGAUGAUCAAUGAAGUGAGAAAUGGUUGAGAAGGCAAUACAGUUUUUUUUAGGUGUGCUUUGUUAGAAGUGUAGCUCUAAAGCAUUUAUUCGUAUUGUUUUGCUCACCUUUAUGUUAUUACCAGAUGACA